AUGAUCUUGUCCACUUUAUUGUGUAUCUUGUCCAGCCCUCUGGCGGGACAUGCUGCUCCUCCACCAGCCCAACCCGUGGUCGACCUUGGCUACUCGCGGUAUCGAGGAGUGAGACUUGCAGCGGGAGUCGAUCAGUAUCUGGGCAUGCGAUAUGCGGCACCGCCUCUAGGAGACCUUCGCUUCCGAGUUGCGCAGGAGCCUGCCCAUAAUUCCACUCUGCAAGAUGCAUCAGAGUUUGGCCUCAUAUGUGUUGGGACUGGCCAGAAUGUAACAUCGACAAGGGCGGAGGAUUGCCUCUUCAUCAAUGUGUUCACUCCAUCCAAUGCCACCACACAUUCGAAACUGCCUGUCUGGGUGUUUAUCCAAGGAGGUGCCUAUGCGACCAAUUCCAAUGCAAACUACAACGGGACCCAGGUCGUCCAGGAAUCCGGAAACAGUAUCAUCUUUGUCAACUUCAAUUAUCGCGUGGGAGCUUUUGGAUUCCUGGCGGGUAAGGAAGUUGAAGAAGAUGGUGAUUUGAAUGUUGGCUUGCUGGAUCAGCGAAAAGCAUUACUGUGGGUUAAGAAGCAUAUUCGGCAGUUUGGCGGCAAUCCGGACCAUGUCGUUGUACAUGGAGCAUCAGCCGGUGGUGGCUCAGUCUCUUUCCAUCUCACUGCAUAUGGAGGCCGGAACGAUGGCCUUUUCGUGGGCGCAAUUCCAGAGAGUCCCUGGUGGGCUCCUCAGGUAACAAUCUCCGAGGCUGAAGUACUCUACCACCGCUUACUGAAGGUCGUGGGAUGCUCGACCCUCGCAUGCUUGCGCUCCGCGGAUGCAUCCGCCAUCCAGAAAGCCAACCUGAGCUCACCAGAUGAAGGCUCAAUUAGCUAUCCUUCUGGAUUGGGAAAGUUCUGGCCAGUCAUAGACGGGGACCUGGUGCGGGAUCGACUCUACGCGCUCUUCGAGCAGGGAAAGUUCAUUCGGUUGCCGUUGAUGGUUGGGAGCGAUACGGAUGAGGGCUCCUCCUUCGCCUAUAAUGCCACUAGUCCUACCGAGGUGUCACUCUUCUUACGGAGUUUGUACCCUCAUCUGAGCCCUGAGCAGACGCAGGCGAUUAACGAUGCAUACCCUAAGACGGACCCAGUUCCGCAACAUGCAGAAUACUUUCCCUCAGCUUCGGCUGCCUUUGGCGAUGCGACUAUCAUAUGCCCAGGAGUUCAUAUCUCGGGUAGCAUGGCCAGCCAAGAUGGGUAUGAGAGGGUAUGGAACUAUCGCUAUAAUGUCCAGGAUCCGGGGAGGAUUGCUGCCGGGCUUGGUGUCACGCACACCUUCGAUCUCCAGGCCAUCUUCGGCCUUGAUUAUGGAGGGAGCGUGAGCAGUAGUAUGAGGGACAUCAAUGCCGCGAUCAUUGCGAUUGUGAUGAACUACUAUAUCAGCUUCAUAAGAACGUUGGACCCGAAUCUGCUCAAGGCUGAUGGCGCGCCAUUCUGGAGGUCAUGGGGGGCUGGAGAAAGAUUGAAAAUACAGACAAAUGCAACUAUGAUGGAGUCAAUCUCAGAAGUUCAACAGAAUCGGUGUGAUCUGUGGAAAAGACUGGCCCCCGUGUUGGAGGUUUGA